UAGUCAUACUUGAAACCCUAGCUUUGAGGCCGCCUCUCUUCUACUCUGCUACUCUCUUUUCAAAUUUUCUUUAUCUCUCUCUAGAUUUCUGAUCUCGGAGAGAUGGCCGGCAAAGGUGAGGGACCUGCUAUUGGAAUCGACUUGGGUACCACUUACUCUUGCGUAGGAGUGUGGCAGCACGAUCGUGUUGAGAUCAUCGCCAACGAUCAGGGUAACAGAACAACCCCGUCUUAUGUUGCCUUCACUGAUACCGAGCGUUUGAUCGGAGAUGCCGCCAAGAACCAGGUCGCCAUGAACCCCAUCAACACCGUCUUUGAUGCAAAGAGGUUGAUUGGUAGGAGGUACAAUGACGCAUCUGUACAGAGUGAUAUUAAGCUGUGGCCAUUCAAGGUUAUCUCUGGUCCUGGUGAGAAGCCUUUGAUUGGUGUGAACUACAAGGGUGAAGACAAGCAGUUUGCUGCUGAGGAGAUCUCAUCUAUGGUUCUCAUCAAGAUGCGUGAGAUUGCUGAGGCUUACCUUGGUGCAACCAUUAAGAACGCCGUUGUCACUGUCCCUGCUUACUUCAAUGACUCUCAGCGUCAGGCUACCAAGGAUGCCGGUGUUAUUGCUGGUUUGAACGUGAUGCGUAUCAUUAACGAGCCCACUGCUGCUGCCAUUGCUUAUGGUCUUGACAAGAAGGCCACUAGCGUUGGUGAGAAGAACGUUUUAAUCUUCGAUUUGGGAGGUGGUACGUUUGAUGUGUCUCUCCUUACUAUUGAAGAGGGUAUCUUUGAGGUGAAAGCCACCGCUGGUGACACCCAUCUCGGAGGAGAAGAUUUUGACAACAGAAUGGUGAACCACUUCGUCCAGGAGUUCAAGAGGAAGAACAAGAAGGACAUCAGCGGCAACCCAAGAGCCCUUAGGAGGUUGAGAACAUCUUGUGAGAGAGCAAAGAGGACCCUCUCGUCCACUGCCCAGACAACCAUCGAGAUCGAUUCCCUGUACGAGGGUAUUGAUUUCUACUCCACCAUUACCCGUGCCAGAUUUGAGGAGCUCAACAUGGAUCUUUUCAGGAAGUGUAUGGAGCCAGUUGAGAAGUGUUUGAGGGACGCUAAGAUGGACAAGAGCACUGUUCAUGAUGUUGUGCUUGUCGGUGGUUCCACUAGGAUUCCCAAGGUUCAACAGUUGUUACAAGAUUUCUUCAACGGAAAGGAGCUCUGCAAGAGUAUUAACCCAGAUGAGGCUGUUGCUUACGGUGCGGCUGUCCAGGCUGCUAUUUUGAGCGGUGAAGGAAACGAGAAGGUUCAGGACCUUUUGCUUCUUGAUGUUACUCCUCUGUCUCUUGGUUUGGAGACUGCCGGAGGUGUUAUGACUGUUUUGAUCCCAAGAAACACCACCAUUCCCACUAAGAAGGAGCAGGUGUUCUCCACAUACUCCGACAACCAGCCCGGUGUGUUGAUCCAAGUCUACGAAGGUGAGAGAGCUAGGACCCGUGACAACAACUUGCUUGGAAAGUUCGAGCUUUCUGGCAUUCCUCCGGCUCCCAGGGGUGUUCCACAGAUCAAUGUCUGUUUUGAUAUUGAUGCCAACGGUAUCCUUAACGUCUCUGCCGAGGACAAGACCACGGGACAGAAGAACAAGAUCACUAUUACCAACGACAAGGGUAGGUUGUCUAAGGAUGAAAUCGAGAAGAUGGUCCAGGAGGCCGAGAAGUACAAGGCUGAGGAUGAGGAGCACAAGAAGAAGGUCGAUUCCAAGAAUGCUUUGGAGAACUACGCUUACAACAUGAGGAACACAAUCAAGGACGAGAAGAUUGCUUCCAAGCUUACCGAAGCUGACAAGAAGAAGAUCGAGGAUGCCAUUGAUGGAGCUAUCCAGUGGCUCGAUGGCAACCAACUCGCCGAGUCUGACGAGUUCGAUGACAAGAUGAAGGAGCUUGAGAGUAUCUGCAACCCAAUCAUCGCCAAGAUGUACCAGGGAGCUGGAGGUGACAUGGGAGCUGGCAUGGAGGAAGAUGCUCCUCCAUCUGGUGGCGGUGCUGGUCCUAAGAUUGAAGAGGUCGACUAAGUGCAUUUUUAUUGGUUUUGAACUUAUUGGUGCUAUCGUUUUUUGCGUUGUUUAGCAAUAGCACUGGUUUGGUUCAAAUUUUAGGUUCUUUUGCUGUUUUUUUUUUAUUACAAUUUAUAUCUACUUAUUUUGAAUCGGAUUUAUGAAGGAUUUUAUAUUUCAAUGUUUCGUGUACUAUUUUCCGUAGUAUUCUAAUAUUUUAAGCCAAGAUUCUGGCUAUUUUGCUGCUCA